UUUAUGAAUAAUUAUGAACUUAUAUAGCCUUUGGAUGUUCUGUGGUUUUCUGUUUAUAUGGAUGUUGGUGAAAAGCCAUUUCGGCCUCGUAUGAUCAGUCCUAUUGGUCCUACCCCAAGUCCUGUGCCGCCCAUCUCAAUGCAAUUUCGACCGGUGGUUCCACCACCACCACAGCCAUAUCUUCCAGUGCCAUCUCAACAGUUUCAGCCCGUUGGACUUUCAAACGUGGGGAUGCCCUCUCACCCUUCACAUAGCCAGUUCCCUCAACCAGUGCCACCACCACCUGAAAGACCUGGGCUGGGAGGACAUGUCCUGCCACAACCACAGCCAAUUCCGCCACCAAAUUUCCAGCCAAAUAAUUUUACGUCUGUCCCGCCACAGCAUCAGCAUCAUGUGCCGAUUUCAAGUAAUUUUAUGCCUAAUUUUGGUGGCCCCAGGAUCCCCCUUUCUUCUUCAUACAAUUUAUCCUCAUCAUCUUCUGGCUCACAACUCCCGUGUGUUUUGAUCUGUAAUGACCAUUUUAAAAGCAUAUUAUUUAGAGGGCAGAUAUUAUCAGUUGCUUUGUUUUAUUAUACAUGGACUUGGAGGGCAGAUGCAUCUACUGACUGGAGAGAAUUCACAACUCCUGAGGGAAGAAAGUUUUACUAUAAUAAUGUUACCAAAAAAUCAAAAUGGGCAAUUCCAGAUGAACUACAGUUGGCUCGAAAAAGAGCAAAAGUGGAUUCAUAUGAAGGAACACCAACAGUAAAGGAUGUAAAUUCUAAUUCUUCAGCUGAUGUAGCUGUUUCUGGGGUCAAAGCAUCAAACCACAAUGCAAAUAAUUCACCUUUCCCAGCUGAUAAUGUUGAAUCAAUUCCAAUUCCAGUUUCACUUGCAGUUAAUCCACAAUGCCCAGUGACUUCUGGGUCAUCAGGCAUACCUCUGGAAUUUGCUUCUGAGAAAGCAGAUGCAACUGGACUGCAAACGACUUCUGAGGCUACAACAGUAACUGCUGUCUCUGACACAGCUGUGACUACUCAGGCCAACACGCCAAUUAGAACCUCUGAUAAUACGCCAUCUCAGGAUGCUCCAACUUCUACUGCAGAUGCAACUUCUCCAGGGAACAUAGAGGAAGCAAUGGAAAGUGAAGGAAUUUCUGGAAGUGGAAGCAUUAAUGUACCAGAAGAGAAAAAUGAAGAGCAGGGACCUAUAGUCUAUGAAAGUAAACUGGAGGCGAAGAAUGCAUUUAAAGUUCUUCUGGAAACAGCAAAUGUUGGGCCUGACUGGACUUGGGAUCAGGCCAUGAGAGCAAUAAUAAAUGAUCGAAGAUAUGGUGCUCUAAGAACCCUUGGAGAGCGAAAACAAGCUUUCAAUGAGUUUAUGGGACAGAAGAAAAAACAGGAAGCUGAAGAGAGGCGUGCUAGGCAGAAAAAAGCACGGGAAGAUUUCAAAAAAAUGUUAGAAGAGUCUAAAGAUCUGACAUCAUCAAUAAGAUGGAGCAAAGCAAUAUCUAUUUUCGAAAAUGAUGAACGUUUCAAAGCUGUUGAACGAGCUAAGGAUCGUGAGGACCUCCUUAAAGACUUUAUGGAGGAACUUGGGAAAAAGGAGCGGGCUAAGGCUUUGGAGGAGCACAAACACCAUAGAGUUGAAUAUAUAGAAUUUUUGAAAUCGUGCGACUUUAUCAAGGCAAGCAGCCAGUGGCGAAAAGUUCAAGAUCGCUUAGAAGCUGAUGAAAGAUGCUCUCGCCUUGAAAAAAUUGAACGCUUGGAAAUUUUUCAAGAAUACAUACGUGAUUUAGAGAAAGAAGAGGAGGAACAAAGAAAAUUACGAAUGGAGGAAAUGAGGAAGGCAGAGCGAAAAAAUCGUGAUGAAUUCCGGAAGCUGAUGCAUGAGCAUGUUGCUAAUGGCAUACUCUCCGCCAAAACUCAUUGGCGUGACUAUUGCAUAAAGGUUAAAGAUUCACCUGCAUAUCUGGAGGUCUCUUCAAAUACCUCUGGCUCUACAGCUAAAGAUCUAUUCGAAGAUGUCAUAGAGGACCUUGGAAAGCAGUACGAUGAUGAUAAGUUGCAGAUAAAAGAUGAAAUAAAGAUGAAAAAGAUUUCCUUGUCAUCCACCUCGACUCUUGAAGACUUCAAGGCUGCAAUUCUUGAGGACAUUAGCUCGCCAGGAAUAUCAGAUAUUAACUUACGGCUUAUAUUUGAUGAAUUACUAGAAAGAGCCAAGGAGAAAGAGGAAAAAGAAGCUAAAAAGCGUAAACGUCUAGCAGACGAUUUAUAUGAUUUUUUAUAUUCUUCAAAGGAAAUUACUGCAUCUUCAAGAUGGGAGGAUUGCAAAUCACUCGUUGAAGAUAGGUUCACAGGUGAUGAAGGCUUUUUCCAGGAAAUCUUUGAUGAAGUGAUAGCAGAACUGAAAGAGAAGUCAAAAGAGAAGGAGCGGAAGCGGAAGGAGGAAAAGGCCAAAAAGGAAAAAGAGAGAAAGGACAAGGAGAAGCGGAAGGAAAGGGAGAAGAAAAGUAGAGAGAAAGGAGUUGAUAACAGAAAGGUGAGAGAUAGAGUUAAGAAAGAUGGAACAGAAAGUGAUGAAAGUGAGUCUUACAGUUUGGAAGAGCGUAGAAGGUCAGGAAGAGACAAAGAUAAGAAACAUGGGAAGCGGCAUAGGGAUUCUUUUGAUGACAAUGAGAAAGACUGGUUUAAUCCCCACAGACGUAGUGUCGAGCACAAAAAAUCAAAGCAGACUUCAGACACAGAUUCCGAGAGCCAACACAAAAGACACAGGAGGGAUCGGAAACAUUCUUAUAGGAGUAGUGAUGCCGAGGAGCACAAGGAGAUGGAGCUUGGUGAGGAUGGAGAAGUUCGGUAAAUGUUUUUGUGCUAGUACCUCCAUAUGCUUCCUUGCACCAUGUGAGUCUCUUCGCCUGUUGAUAUACUUGGAUUAUGGUGGCAACAAAUUUUGCUUUGUUCCAAAUUCUGUCUUGUAACUGGUAGAGCACAAAUUUAAUUAUCUGGAUAAUGGUAAUAACUUGUUAAUUAAACCCGUUUAGUCAUGUUUGGUAUCUGAGGUUUUGUAACAUUAAACUCAUUUAACGUUUUAUAUUCGAUAACUGUAUCAAUUUUAUGAAAGUUUACAUUACAUAGUUCAUA